AAUGAAAUACGCGAAGUUUUUCAGAUCGAAGUAAUGAAUAUUGUUUUGACAGAAUCAUGGCACUGUGCAAAGGAAAGUUGAUAUUCCAAACUAUACUCGGGAUAUACAAGCAACACAUACCAUUAAGUUACUUUAGCACAAACCAAAUCCUUCCAAAUAUCUACAAGAACAGGGUAUCCUCAGUACAGGAGAAGAGUGAAUUGGAUUCACUAUGCAUUGAUAACAAACCUAUUGAGAAGAAACCCAUGAUCCCCGCCAGAUCUGAAGUGUCCACUGGUAUCACUUUUGAUCCUAUAGUGCAAAAAUUCAUCAAUCUACUAAUGAAAGAUGGUGAAAAAGAAAUGGCAAGAGAAAUAUUAGAGGGGGCUUUUGAACAAAUCAAGAUGAAACAGAUAUCAGAAUAUCACAAAGCAAAUACAGAGGUAGAAAAAGCCAUGAUUGUCACGGACCCCCUAAAGAUACUCCAUGGUGCUGUGGAAAACUGCAGGCCAUUGCUAGUCCUGAAGUCUAUUCGGAAGGGAGGGGCUGGCUACAGGAUUCCAGUUUACUGUCAUGACAGAAGAAGACUUCGACUUGGAAUAAACUUUAUUAUUGAUUCUUGUCGCUCAAGGCGAAGAAGAGUUCCUAUGAAAAAUCUUCUUGCUUCAGAAAUUUUACAAGCUUAUAAUAAUGAGGGUAAUGCCAUCAAUAAAAAGCAGUAUCUUCAUAAGGAAUGCGGAGCACAAAGAGCUUUUGCACAUUAUAGAUGGAAGUGAACUUCAAAUAAAUAUUGUCAUUA